AUGCCGACCUUUAGCGACAUCAUGGCGGCGCGCAAGGCGCUGGACGGGUACGUGUAUGAGACACCGAUCAUCGAGAGCAACGCCCUGCAUGGCAAGACGCGGCACGAGAGUGUCCUUCUCAAGUGCGAGAACCUGCAGCGCACUGGCAGCUACCACGUCCGCGGCAUGACGUACCGCGUAAUUCGUGCCAAGGAGGAGGAUCUGGGCAUCAACAAUUUCGUUACCCACAGCAGCGGCAACGGCGGUGCAGCGCUGGCGUGCGCGGCGAGCAACUUUCAGAGCACGGCGCACGUCAUCGUCCCGGAGGACACGAACGCCCUCAUCACGCGCAGCAUUCGCCUCUACCACGGCAACUUUUAUUACUGCAAGCCGGACCUGCAGAGUCGUGUGGAGAUGGAGGCGCGGCUCCACGCGGAGUUCAACAAGGUCGCCGGCAAGAAACGCAACCAGUGCAUGCUUGUGAACCCGUACAGCGACGAGGCUAUCAUCGCCGGCCACGGCACGACCGGCAUCGAGCUGAUGCUCCAGACAGACUGCUCGGUGGACUGCGUUGUUAUCCCGGUCGGCGGUGGUGCGCUGCUAGCGGGUGCGGCGAUCGCCGUGAAGGGCAUGAAGCCGCAUGUCGGCGUCUUCGCGGCCGAGCUGGCUGUACCUCCGGAUCACUACACGGUUUUCAAGCGCGGCGAGGUCAUCGAGGCACGAAAGCUCAAGGGCGACGAGAAGCGCCCCAAGGGCAACAAGCACGGCAUCCGAACGGAGCUGACAGACCUUGCAAACAGCUAUAUUGACCGCUACGUCGACGGCGUCGUGCACGUGUCGAAGGAGGAGAUGUGCUACGCCUUCCGCUACGUGUACGAGCGUUGCAAGCUUGUUGUGGACACGAAUGCCGCCAUCGCCGUGGCGGCGGUGCUGGCCUGCCCCCCGGAGCUGAGCAACUACCGCCGCAUCUGCAUUGUGCUCUCCGGCGGUAACGUGGACCUCAACGACGUGCCGAAGAUUGCAACGGCGCGGCUGUAA